AUGCCAGCCUACCACUCCGUCUUCCUCGACGAACCGAACCAGCAGCUUAUCGGAAACUUCGCCCUGCUUCCUCUCCGAACACGCACACGAGGUCCCGCACAACAGCUUUCACCUCUAGCUGGCAUAUCUGAACUCGACGUAGAGCCCAGCAAUGAGAGCUACGACCCUCUCGACGAAGUCCUGGCCCUUUUCCGCGCAAACACCUUCUUUCGAAAUUUCGAAAUCAAGGGCCCUGCAGACCGCGUACUUAUCUACGGAAUUCUCUACGUGAGCGAUGCAUUGACGAAGAUUCGUCCUGGAAUGAGCCGGCGAGAUGCGGAAAAGGCAGUGAUGAACUCCGCGCUGGACACGAACUUUGCUAUUCCAGGUGAUGCAGGUUUCCCUCUCAACCAGAUGUUUGAGCCGCCACGGGAUCGAAAUGAGGCCGAGGUUUUGAGGCAAUACAUCAUGCAGAUGAGGCAGGAAUUGGCAGCUCGUUUGCUGAAUAGAGUGUAUAUGGACCCUAGCGGGCAGCCGAGCAAGUGGUGGCUGAGCUUCUCCAAGCGGAAGUUCAUGGGCAAACAACUAUGA